UAAAUCAAUUAGUAUUUCGUAAUAUAUUAUCAAUUAAUAUAUAAAUUAUUGUUUUGUCAACGAUUUGGACAUCAAUUGCUGUCACUUAAGAUAAUCCACAAGUUAUUGUCAUCACAUUCACAAUGCAAUCAUUGUUUCGACAAUCGUUGAGAUCAUUGAAGACAUUGUCGUCUAUUGAUCGACAAAGUCAUCGACUAAUGACAACAUUGACGACAACCAGAAGACAAUCAACACAUUUGAGACAACAAGAGAUAACAUCGAGUGAUGACAUGAAAAGUGAUGAAACGGAAGACAACAAAACAAUUGUUGAGACAGUAUUUGAAGAGUAUUUGAAACAAUCGUAUAAAGACAUGAAAGACAACUACGAAAGAGUGAAAAAACAUCUGAGAGAACCAUCGAUGGCAACAAUACUCAAGACAUUAGACGUUAAAAUGUGGAGAAAUGAUAUCAAUGAACAACGCAUUGAUUUUGACGGCAAGUCAUUGGACUCAUUGAUGGACACAAAAUACUGGACUUUGGAUACAUUGAAACUCAUAAACGUUUCAAUGAAAACAUGUGAUACAUGUUUUCAUUUAAAUGAAUCACAAAUAACCGAACCGAAAGCAAAUAUCAUUUGGACAUUAGACGGAGUUUUGGAUCAAUUCAAUAGAGUGAAUGAAAGAUAUUUGACAAACAAUCGAAAGGGCUUUGAAUGGCUUGUGUCAGAGUACGUGUAUUUAUAUCUUCAUCACAUAUCAUUGGAUCAAAUGGGUUCAAUCGAAAAGAAUUAUUACUAUAAUACGAAAAUCCUAUCUGAAAAUCGCAUGUGUUUUACUGAUAUGUCUAUUAUUAAGAACAACAAGACAUUGAUGACCAUUGAAGUGAAGGAUAUUAUAGUAUCGGAUAGUUUUAAAGACAACUAUUUGGCACAAUCUAUAUCACAGCUACUCAUGUCUUCGUUGUCUAAUAAUGACAAAACAAAUGGUAUAUACUUUGGUGUUUUGGUUCGAUCAAUGUUUUGGCAUUUCUUCAGCGCUCAGAUCAAUGAACAUCAAAUGAAAUCACUUCGUCAUUCGUCAAUCAAUAGCACUAAACAAUUACAUCCAUUGGAUGUUUAUGUCUGGCAUUCACCCAAUGGACUCAACUUUAAUGAUCCAAAAGAAAGACAAUUGAUAUCAAAAUAUUUGACAUCAAUUGUCUCUAUUAAACAAUAG